ACGGAGAAGGAGGGAGUCCAGGGCUUUCCCGAUCACCAGUCUCACCUCCACUCCAACUCUCUACUUUUCUUGAAAAAAUAAUCACAGGAAUAAGGAGGUGUUGGGCUUUCCAAAAAAACAAAAAUCGUAACCUUCAACCAUCCGGGGAAGACAAAAAUCCCAUCCACCGCAACUCAGUUCGAAAGUAAAGAUUUCUCAACAGUGAUGUCACAAGAUUGACUACAUUGAUCACAAUAUGGAGUCUGGAGAACGGUUACCAUCCUCAACAGCCUCUUCUACUGUACCAACUUCAUCUUCUAUACCUUCUGUGGCUUCAUCGGUUUCUAAAGGCGGCCUUUCCACUGGAGCUGCUUCGCUUAGCUCUGCAAUCAACCCAUGUGGUGCAGAAUGGUGGCGAACAGCAGAUGUUCAUACUCGUACAGGGGCAGCCUUCUUUCCACCAUUACUGGGAAUUCCACCACUGUUUGCUCCUCCAGCCCAGAAUCAUGAUUCUUCUUCAUUCCAUUCAAGGACUACAGGAAAAAGUAAUCGAAAUGGUCCUGAAAAAGGUGUAAAUGGGUCAAUAAAUGGAAACAGUACUUCAUCUGUGUCUGGUAUCAACACAUCUGUACUAUCCACUACUGCUUCCAGUUUUGGACAAACUAAAAGUAUAAGCUCAGGUGGAGGAAAUCGAAAAUGUAAUCAGGAUCAAAACAAAAACCAGCCUUUGGAUGCUAGAGCUGACAAAAUCAAGGACAAAAAACCAAGGAAGAAAGCUAUGGAAAGUUCUAGCAACAGUGAUAGUGAUUCAGGCACAUCAUCAGACACCUCAAGUGAAGGCAUUAGUAGUAGUGAUUCAGAUGACCUAGAGGAAGAUGAAGAAGAAGAAGAUCAAAGUAUUGAAGAAACUGAAGAUGAUGAUUCUGAUUCAGAGAGUGAAGCACAACAUAAAAAUAACAACCAGGUGCUAUUACAUGGUAUUUCAGACCCAAAAGCAGAUGGACAGAAAGCAACCGAAAAAGCCCAGGAAAAAAGAAUACACCAGCCAUUACCUCUUGUGUCUGAAUCCCAGACCCACUCAUCAUUCCAAUCCCAGCAGAAGCAGCCUCAGGUUUUGUCACAGCAGCUUCCAUUUAUUUUCCAAAGCUCUCAGGCAAAGGAGGAAUCUGUGACCAAACACACAAGUGUAAUACAGUCUACGGGAUUGGUGUCCAAUGUGAAACCUCUAUCUUUGGUAAAUCAAGCCAAAAAGGAAACUUAUAUGAAACUCAUAGUUCCUUCUCCUGAUGUACUUAAAGCAGGGAAUAAAAAUACCUCUGAAGAAUCUAGUCUUUUGACCAGUGAAUUGCGAUCUAAACGGGAACAAUAUAAACAGACAUUUCCAGCACAGUUAAAGAAACAGGAGUCCUCCAAGAGCCUGAAGAAGGUUAUUGCAGCUUUGUCAAAUCCUAAAGGAACCUCUAGUUCACCAGCACAUCCAAAACAAACACUAGAAAACAACCACCCUAAUCCAUUCUUGACAAAUGCACUUUUAGGUAAUCACCAACCAAAUGGAGUUAUUCAAAGUGUCAUUCAAGAAGCUCCUCUAGCACUUACUACCAAAACUAAAAUGCAGAGUAAGAUUAAUGAGAACAUUGCUACUGCCAGUAGUACCCCUUUUUCCUCACCUGUAAAUUUGAGUACAAGUGGAAGAAGGACCCCUGGCAAUCAAACAGCUGCAAUGCCAUCUGCCUCUCCCAUACUCCAUAGUCAAGGGAAGGAAAAAGCAGUUAGCAAUAAUGCAAACCCAGUAAAAACACAACAUCACUCUCAUCCUGCAAAAUCUUUAGUGGAACAGUUUAGAGGAACAGAUUCAGACAUUCCCAGUAGUAAAGAUUCUGAAGAUUCAAAUGAAGACGAAGAGGAAGAUGAUGAGGAAGAAGAUGAGGAAGAUGAGGAAGAUGAUGAAUCUGAUGACAGCCAAUCAGAAUCAGAUAGUAAUUCAGAAUCAGAUACAGAAGGAUCAGAAGAAGAUGAUGAUGAUGAUAAAGACCAAGAUGAAUCAGAUAGUGAUACUGAAGGAGAGAAAACUUCAAUGAAACUGAAUAAAACAGCUUCCUCUGUCAAAAGCCCUUCCAUCAGUCUCACAGCUCACUCAACACCUCGUAACCUCCACAUAGCAAAAGCCCCAGGCUCUGCUCCUGCUGCCUUAUGUUCUGAAUCCCAGUCACCUGCUUUUCUUGGCACACCUUCUUCCACACUUACUUCAAGUCCACACUCUGGCACUUCCAAAAGAAGAAGAGUAACAGAUGAACGCGAACUGCGUAUUCCUUUGGAAUAUGGCUGGCAGAGGGAGACAAGAAUAAGAAACUUUGGAGGGCGCCUUCAAGGAGAAGUAGCAUAUUAUGCUCCAUGUGGAAAGAAACUUAGGCAGUACCCUGAAGUAAUAAAGUAUCUCAGCAGAAAUGGAAUAAUGGAUAUCUCAAGGGACAAUUUCAGCUUCAGUGCAAAAAUAAGAGUGGGUGACUUCUAUGAAGCCAGAGAUGGACCGCAGGGAAUGCAGUGGUGUCUUUUGAAAGAAGAGGAUGUCAUUCCUCGCAUCAGAGCAAUGGAGGGCCGUAGAGGAAGACCGCCAAAUCCAGAGAGACAGAGGGCAAGAGAGGAGUCCAGGAUGAGACGUCGGAAGGGCCGGCCUCCGAAUGUUGGCGGUGCUGAAUUUCUAGAUAACACAGAUGCCAAAUUGCUAAGAAAACUGCAAGCUCAAGAAAUAGCCAGGCAAGCAGCACAAAUAAAGCUUUUGAGAAAACUUCAAAAGCAGGAACAGGCUCGGGUUGCCAAAGAAGCUAAAAAACAACAAGCAAUAAUGGCUGCUGAGGAGAAGCGAAAGCAAAAAGAACAGAUAAAGAUUAUGAAACAACAGGAAAAAAUUAAGAGAAUACAGCAAAUCAGAAUGGAAAAAGAACUCCGAGCCCAGCAAAUUUUAGAGGCGAAAAAGAAAAAGAAGGAAGAAGCGGCAAAUGCCAAAUUAUUGGAGGCCGAGAAACGAAUAAAGGAAAAAGAAAUGAGAAGACAACAAGCUGUUCUUCUGAAGCAUCAGGAGUUGGAGAGGCAUAGACUAGAUAUGGAACGAGAGAGAAGGCGACAGCAUAUGAUGCUUAUGAAAGCUAUGGAAGCUCGUAAGAAAGCAGAAGAAAAAGAACGGUUGAAGCAAGAAAAACGUGAUGAGAAAAGAUUAAAUAAAGAGCGUAAACUAGAGCAACGAAGAUUAGAAUUAGAGAUUGCAAAGGAACUAAAGAAACCUAAUGAAGACAUGUGCUUAGCAGAUCAAAAGCCUUUGCCAGAGUUGCCUCGUAUUCCAGGACUUGUUCUCUCUGGAAGUACAUUUUCAGAUUGUCUCAUGGUGGUGCAGUUCUUACGAAACUUUGGUAAAGUUUUGGGCUUUGAUGUGAAUAUUGAUGUUCCAAACCUGAGUGUUCUUCAAGAGGGAUUGCUAAAUAUAGGGGACAGCAUGGGUGAAGUACAAGACUUGCUUGUGAGGCUCCUCUCAGCUGCUGUAUGUGAUCCAGGUCUAAUUACGGGAUACAAGGCCAAAACAGCUCUCGGAGAACAUUUGCUGAAUGUUGGUGUGAAUCGAGACAAUGUUUCCGAGAUUUUGCAGAUUUUUAUGGAAGCCCACUGUGGACAGACUGAGCUCACGGAGAGCCUGAAGACUAAAGCCUUCCAGGCUCACACACCAGCACAGAAAGCCUCAGCCCUGGCUUUCCUGAUCAAUGAGCUGGCGUGCAGCAAGAGUGUAGUGAGUGAAAUUGACAAGAACAUUGAUUAUAUGUCAAACCUGAGGAGAGAUAAAUGGAUGGUAGAAGGUAAACUCCGCAAGCUCAGAAUCAUUCAUGCUAAAAAAACAGGCAAAAGAGACACUGCAGGUGGGAUUGAUCUUGGAGAAGAACAGCAUCCAUUAGGGACACCCACUCCAGGAAGAAAGCGAAGAAGGAAGGGAGGAGACAGUGACUAUGACGAUGAUGAUGAUGAUGAUAGUGAUGACCAAGCCGAUGAAGAUGAGGAGGAUGAAGAAGAUAAAGAAGACAAAAAAGGAAAGAAGACCGAUACCUGUGAAGAUGAGGAUGAAGGUGACCAAGCAGCAAGUGUUGAAGAGCUAGAAAAACAGAUUGAAAAACUGAGUAAACAACAAAGUCAGUACAGAAGGAAGCUCUUUGACGCUUCUCACUCUUUACGCUCCAUGAUGUUUGGCCAGGAUCGAUACAGACGCCGGUACUGGAUUCUUCCCCAGUGUGGGGGGAUUUUUGUAGAAGGCAUGGAGAGUGGUGAAGGACUAGAAGAAAUUGCAAAGGAAAGAGAAAAACUGAAAAAGGCAGAGAGUAUUCAGAUCAAAGAAGAAAUAUUUGAGACUUCUGAGGACACAUUAAAUUGUUCAAAUCCAGAUCAUUGUGAGCAAAAGGAAGACCCUAAAGAGAAAGACAACACAAACCUAUUUCUUCAGAAACCUGGCUCUUUUUCAAAAUUAAGCAAACUUUUAGAAGUAGCCAAGAUGCCUCCUGAGUCAGAUGUAACAACCCCCAAACCAAAUAAUAGUGCCAAUGGGUGCACAGUGUCUUACCAAAACAGCGGGAAACACCCAGGAGGCAGCAUUCAGUCAACAGCUACACAAAGCAGCUUGGAAAAGGCAGACUCUAAUAGUCUGUUCAGUGCUGGUUCAGGAGGCCCAGGGAAGUUCUACAGCCCUCUCCCCAACGACCAGCUGUUAAAAACACUGACUGAGAAGAACAGACAGUGGUUUAGCCUUUUGCCCAGAACCCCUUGUGAUGACACUUCGCUUACCCACGCCGAUAUGCCAGCUGCGUCUGCAGCGACUCCUCAGUCUCAGCCACCAUCUAAGUCACCUUCACCUGCCCCAGCUCCUCUUCUUGGAUCAUCUUCUGCCCAGAAUCCUGUUGGCCUAAAUCCAUUUGCUUUAUCACCUCUUCAGACAAAAAGUGGAGUAUCUAUGAUGGGACUCCAAUUUUGUGGGUGGCCCACUGGCAUGCUUACUUCCAAUAUUCCAUUUACAUCACCUUUACCUAGUCUGGGAUCAGGGUUGGCAUUAUCUGAAGGAAAUGGUAAUUCAUUCUUGACUCCCAACAUUGCUUCAAGUAAAAGUGAAUCUCCAGUACCACAGAAUGAAAAAGCCUCUUCAACUCAACCUGCAGCUGUUGAAGUAGCAAAACCAGUAGAUUUUCCUAGUCCAAAACCUAUUCCAGAAGAAAUGCAGUUUGGUUGGUGGAGAAUUAUUGACCCAGAAGACCUAAAAGCUUUGCUCAAAGUGCUCCAUCUCAGAGGAAUAAGGGAAAAGGCAUUACAAAAACAAAUUCAGAAGCACCUGGAUUAUAUUACUCAAGCCUGCAUCAAGAAUAAGGAUGUUGCUAUUAUUGAGUUAAAUGAAAAUGAAGAAAACCAGGUAACUCGAGAUAUUGUGGAGAACUGGUCAGUAGAAGAGCAAGCAAUGGAAAUGGAUUUGAGUAUUCUUCAGCAGGUAGAAGAUCUAGAAAGGAGAGUUGCAUCAGCAAGUUUGCAAGUGAAGGGUUGGAUGUGUCCAGAGCCUGCAUCAGAAAGGGAGGACUUGGUAUAUUUUGAACAUAAGUCAUUCUCUAAAUUGUGCAAGGAGCAUGAUGGAGAAUUUACUGGCGAAGAAGAAAGCAGUGCGCAUGCACUAGAACGGAAGAGUGACAACCCCCUAGAUAUAGCUGUAACCAGGCUGGCUGAUUUGGAGCGGAACAUUGAAAGAAGGUAUCUGAAGAGCCCCUUAAGUACCACCAUUCAGAUCAAAGUGGAUAAUGUGGGCACAGUUACUGUCCCUGCUCCUGCACCAUCCAUUAGUGGUGAUGGUGACGGAAUUGAAGAGGAUAUUGCUCCAGGGCUCAGGGUAUGGAGAAGGGCACUGUCAGACGCUCGCAGUGCUGCACAGGUAGCUCUGUGCGUUCAGCAGUUACAGAAAUCAAUAGCAUGGGAAAAAUCAAUUAUGAAAGUUUACUGUCAAAUCUGUCGAAAGGGAGAUAAUGAAGAACUGCUGCUCCUUUGUGACGGCUGUGACAAAGGCUGUCACACCUACUGCCAUAGACCCAAGAUUACAACUAUACCAGAUGGGGACUGGUUUUGUCCAGCUUGCAUUGCUAAGGCAAGUGGUCAAACUCUAAAAUUCAAAAAACUUCAUGUCAAAGGAAAAAAGACUAGUGAUUCAAAGAAAGCAAAGAAAGGACCUUUGACAGGGGAUACUGAAGAUGAAGACUCUGCAUCUGCAAGCAGUUCACUGAAAAGAGGAAACAAAGACCUGAAAAAGAGGAAAAUGGAGGAAAGCACUUCCAUGAACUUGUCAAAGCAAGAAAGCUUUGCUUCUUCUAUUAAGAAACCUAAACAAGAUGAUUCCAAGGACCUAGCUCUUUGCAGUAUGAUCCUCACUGAAAUGGAAACUCAUGAAGAUGCAUGGCCUUUUCUACUUCCUGUAAACUUGAAACUUGUUCCUGGUUAUAAGAAAGUUAUUAAGAAGCCUAUGGAUUUUUCCACAAUUAGAGAGAAAUUAAGUAGUGGACAGUAUCCGAGCCCUGAGUACUUUGCUCUGGAUGUCAGGCUUGUGUUUGACAACUGUGAAACAUUUAAUGAAGAUGAUUCUGACAUAGGCAGAGCUGGCCACAGUAUGAGGAAGUAUUUUGAAAAAAAGUGGACAGAUACUUUCAAAGUGAGCUGAAGUUAUAAUCUCUCUUUUCUUUCCUUUUAAACAAGGACAAAUGAGACCAGCAAUGUGAACUGAAUUUACAUAAAUGUGCAAGGCACAUAUAUAAUGACUUUUUUUCCUUAAAAUAAGUAUCAAAAAAAAAAGUAUCAGAAGAAUGAUACCAUUUUUAAAGGCUUCACUCCUACAACAACCAAGGCCCUUGGUUAUUGGUUUGUGUGAUUUAUCAGCUAAUUUAGGUAGAACAGGGAAGCACACCCAAAGAAUUUUCAAAGGAAAGGGUGUUAUAGUGCAAUAGCAAUUAAAAUAUAUCAAAUCGCACUGAAUAUUCAACACCAGAGCUCUAACGUGGGAAAUGGUUCUCCUUUCCCUCUCAAUAAAUAUCUAUUUUUCAUUUUUUUACUUUGUAGUUUAUUUUUUAGUGAAUGUAUUUAAUUUUAUGAAUUAUUUAUGAUUAAACCACAUCCAGAAUCUUCGUUUUCUGUGAAAAGGAAGAACUAGUAAAUUGCUUUAAAUCUUGAAAAUACAACAAGGAAUGUUUUAAAAUAUAAAACAAAGCCAAGUUAAACUGUUUACACUGAUGUGCUAUAAAAGCACCAAAAAUAAACUUUACUGUAGAGUUACAAGUACAUUUAUAUAUAUAUAUAUGUUGCUGCAUCACUUGUGUAGUUAAAUUGUAUUUCAAGACAGUGAAGAAAAGUUGACAUGUAUAUACUGUUCAUUAUUGUUUAUAUUAAGUCUUGCUUUAAAUAUGUAUUAUGUGUAUAUAUUGUUUGCAGACAUUAUUGUUUAUGCCUUAGAAGGACUGUAGCAUUUUAUUUUAGUCUGAAGGUAAUUACAGCUCUACAGCUUGUACAGUAAUUAUCCUCUACCAACACUGUGGCGUCUCCUUGAUCUUGGUAGUGCCUGCCUUUGAAACAGGGUGUAGGGGAUAUUAGUUUUCCAUUUUUCUAUUUUGUUAUAUAAUUUUAAGCCACCAGGGCCUAAAUUAAAGUAUAAUCAUUUGUAUCCAUGUGGAAUAAAAUUGUGACAAUUUCCUACACACACAGUAUUUUUUCAUAGAAACAUUUCCCUCCCAUUUGCCUUGCCUCAGAAAUAAAUUUAAAAGACAUUUGUAACCACUGUGUUUUAUCUACUGUGUGUUGUGGUGGCCUGUUGGAGGCAAAUAGAUCAGACUUUUUUUUGUAUCUAUGUAAGAGUACUUGAAGUUUUAUUUAAAAUAAAAUGUUGUGGAAAAGGUAGCAUUCUUUUUUUUAGGAGUGUUAUUUUUCACUACUAUGUGUGGCACGGAUACAAUAAAAGACUUUUACAAACUA